GUAACUAGAAACGGAAGAAACACUUGAUAAAUAACGUUGCAAAUUUAAUUGAAGAGGGUGUUAUUAUGGAUAGAUACAUUGGAAACCGAAGAUGAGAAGUCUUAGAAAUCAGUGCCCUGACACAAUUUCCAUGCAUACAUAACCACAAAUAUAACGCCAUGUAUGAUUAGGUGGCACUUUCUUUUUGCAUGACAAGCAACCUCAUCACAAGAGUUACAAAAGAAAGAGAGAAGAGAAACCACUCCAUUCUUCAUUGGGGUUGCAUCAACCUUGAUUGAUAAAGCAUCUCUUAUCUAGAAAAAGAAAGAAAGAGAGAUGGGUUACAACAAAGGGUUUCAUCACAAUGGAGUGAGUCAGAAAGGAAGGCCUUAUUUGUUGAUAUUGCUCAUGACAUUUGGUGCUGCACUUUUUGGUGUUAUGGUGCUUCACAGGUUUAGAGAGAAACGCAUUUUCAAUCUUCUUGUCAAACAGAAAGAUCAUCAGCUUAUUACCCUUCAACUUCUCUUACAGAAGGAAAAAGAUCGCACAAAAGAGUUGAGUAGGAAGAACCAAGAGACAAAGGCAAAAAUAUACACCCUGAGCAGUCAAAAGAUGGAGCUUGCUAGAACAAUUGCUGGGAUGAAAUCUACCAUGAAUUCACUUAAAGAUGAGCAGAAACUAAUAGAAUCCGCGUUCGUGGAACAGCAGCACGAGCUCAGAAGGAUGCAGAAAAGAGGGAGUAAUUUGGAACGAAGAGGAUUUGAAAAGAUAGCAUCAAGAGAGAAUCAGAUGAAAAAGGAAGCAGAGAAAAAAGAUACCCUAGUUAAGACCAGCAGGUUAAGUAUUUAUGAACAUCCAACAACCAUCUAUGAUCAAAUUCUGGCAGAGAAUGCAAAUGCAACGGCGGAAGCACAGGGUAAAACUCAGAAUGAUAAUCAAGAAAAAGAUGAAAAUUCCAAAUAUGAAGGUGAUGAAGAUAGAAGCAAAUUAACCGAGUUCAAAGAUGGGAAGGUAACAGCUGAAACGCAAGAAGAAAGUAAGACUAAUGAUGAGCAGGAAAAGAAAAAUGACAACCCUGAAGAUAAUGGUACCGCUGCAAAAGAUAUUGAUGCUGAAGUGUUGGAGGAUAAGAAAGCAAUCAUAGAAGAGCAUCAAAGAAAACUCGAGAUGAACACAGAUGGUGAAAGACGAGAUUUCAAUGUGAAGCAGUUGUCUGGAGAGAAGAGGAAACAAGAUCAUUUAAGUAAAACAAAAAGGAAGCACCGGAGAACCAUCGUUGAGAAUAAGUUAAUGGAGAAUAAUGGGAUUUCUGAAAGUCAUGGAGAGGUAAACAUGAGCAACAGAAAGGUUUACAGAGAGGAGAACAAUGGAACAGUUGUAAGAGACUCUGAUGAGGAAAGGGACGGCAAUAACCAAAGAGAAGCUGAGUCACAGGCAAAAUUGUUGAAGACUGAAAACCAUGAAAACAGUGAAGAUGACAGCAAUAACCAACGAGAAGCCGAAUCACAGGCGAAAUUGUUGAAGCCUGAAAACCAUGAAAACAGUGAAGAUGACAGCAACAAAACAGUGGGUAAGACUAAUCUGCAGGUGACAGACAAUGGAAUCAAUAAUUACAAAGAAGAGCAUGAAGAUGGUACUGUCCAACAAAACUUGAGCAGGAGGCAUAUCAAUAAUGCUGAACAACAGAAAUCCAAUAUAUUCCAUGAAAAGUCAGAAGAAUUUGAAGUUUCAGAUUUGAAUAAGCAAGAGAAAGAUACAGGGGAUGAUGGCGAGGAGGAUAAUACCGACAAUUUCCUCAACGAAACUCAACCUGAUUUUGAAGAUGAAAGUGAGAAAGAAGAGUACAAGGAGGAAAUAGACGAAUCGGAGUUCCAGAGUGGUUUGUAAUUAAACUGGAUUUAGAAUGUCCAUCCAAAAUAGUACUCAUGGUUUGGGUUUACUGAGUUUGAAAAUAUUUUAAAUUACUGACUAUAGAGUACCAAUAUCAUCUUAGGAAUAGGAUGUGAGUGAAUACAUAAUUCACCUUUAUAUAUUUGUGUUUUAGUAUUAUCAGACAUUUUGUUCACAUUAACAUAUAUUUAUCGAUCUCAAACUUUGCAAUGAGAUAUGUUUAAUUGUCACCGAA